ACUCAGCUGAUCCACAGGCUCCUUUCUCUGAUAUAUAUUUUUACUAUUUGCUUCUCCAAUAUUUUGUAUAAACAUGACUGUCAACUCAUUCCAUGAGACUCAAGAUCGAGUCUCCGAUCUUGGUAUUCAGCAGAAAUCCAAGGAUUUCUCUUUGUCGGAGAUCAUCGCUACUGAAUCUGCUUAUCUCUCCAGGAAAAUGGAAGUGAAGGAGUGUACCGAGGUCGAGAUGGAUAGGGAGAGUGCAGGAUCAUCGGAGGAGAAUGAGGAGUCACCGAAAUCUGUUGGCAAGUGGGGAAGGAAUAUAAGCAACGUAGCGUUUGUGCAUAGCCAGGUGUUGAGAAUUAGAGAGGAGGAUUCACAUAUCGGUGAAGAUAUCGCUGAAGGAUUAAGCACCAAAGAUAAGGUUAUCAAUGCAGGUUUUGGUCAGAAUACGCAGCUUCGACGCGUGGCUUCGACGGUGGAUGUUGUUUUCUUUUCGAAGCCGAUCUUGCCUUGCUCGCCUCUCAGCGGGAAAACAACCGUCAAAGCCGUGCCGUGAUAAGGAGCAACAGAUGGAAAGUGGUGAGGGGAAGCCGUUAGAUGGGAUGUUUGGUUACGGUUGGAUUUAUGGUUGUGGUUAAGGUUUUUUUUUUUUCUUUUUUUUUUUUUUUUUCAGAAGUUAUGGCAAGAAGGUUAGUAAAAAAAGAAAAAAAAAAAAAAAAGGGAAGUAGGAGAAUGCACGCUCUCCUCCUGUGUACAGUGAAAGAAGGAGAAGACGAAAGAAGCGUGUAGUAAAUGAUGAACUCUUGUGAAGAAAUCUUCAGCUUUGUAAUUUCUGCCGACUCUUUUUCUUCGGAAA